GCGCUGCGCGUGCGUUGCCGGGCGCGGGCCGGCGGGCGGCGCGCGCAUGCGCGGGGCGCGGGCCCGGCGGCGGACGGGAAUUAAAAUGGAAGAUGAGGAGGUCGCGGAGAGCUGGGAGGAGGCGGCCGACAGCGGGGAAAUAGACAGACGGUUGGAAAAGAAGCUGAAGAUCACACAGAAGGAAAGCAGCAGAAAGUCCAAAUCUCCUCCCAAAGUGCCGAUUGUGAUCCAGGACGACAGCCUUCCCGCGGGGCCCCCGCCCCAGAUCCGCAUCCUCAAGCGUCCCACGAGCAACGGCGUCCUCAGCAACCCCAACUCGGCCAGCCGCCCCGCCUUCCCCGUCAAAUCGCUGGCACAGCGCGAGGCCGAGUACGCCGAGGCCAGGAAACGCAUCCUGGGCAGCGCCAGCCCCGAGGAGGAGCAGGAGAAGCCCAUCCUGGACAGACCCCCGCGGAUCUCGCAGCCUGAGGACACCAGGCAGCCCAACAACGUGAUCCGGCAGCCGCUGGGCCCCGAUGGCUCGCAGGGCUUCAAGCAGCGCAGAUAGAGGCGGAGGCGCCGUUCCGCCGGCACGGACACACGGACCCGGGCCAGGGCACGUCCCGGGCUGAUUUGCACUGUGACCCUUUUUUUUUUGCUCUGCCCACUGUGACCUUGAGCCCCACGCACUGUGAGCUCCCCUCUGCACCCACUGUGAGCGGCGAUCCCGGCAGGGCUGUCCCGGGGGGCCGCAGGGGCCGUGCCGGAGCUGGCCGGGCGCAGGGAGUCGUGUGUGUCCCGCUCGGGUCGGAGCGAGCGCCAGCAAUAACGUUUGUUGUACUCCAAACCUGGCAUUUAAGGAUAAAAAAAAAAAAAAAGAGAGAAAAAAAAAAAAAAAAAAUAAGAUGGGAAGCCUCCCCAGCCACGCAUGUUGUCCUCAUCACUUCCAGAAUGAGUUCUGUUUGCAAGGAUUUUAGGUUCUUUCAUUUGGUUUUCUGUUUGUUUUCUGUAUCUUGGAUGGGCAGAGUGCAUGGGAAGGGUUUGAGCCGUUUGUUUGAAUCCAGAGAGGUAGCUGAGUGUUCCGGAGGGAAUUCCAAUGGAUUUCCAUGAAUGUGAUGGCUUGGGGAGGACAGGCUCACGCUCUCCUUCUCCAUUUCCACUGCCAUGGAAGAGAACUCCUGGAUCCCCCCAGGCACCUCGGAAUUGGACCCAGUUCACAUCUCGCUCCUGUUAAAGCUCGGCUCCGAUUCCCUGCUGGCUUUGAGGAAAAGCUUAAAAUCCAUCCUUUUUGGGUUCUCUUGUACAUGGGGAGGAGGGAAUGCAGAGGGACCCUGUGAAAAUGCCUGCUGUCCUGCCACGGAGGGCUGGGCAGUGAAGAAUUGGGAGAUGUGAGGAGGAGGAGGAGGAGGAGGAGGAGGAGGAGGAGGAGGAGGAGAGGCUCCGGCGCCGCUCCAGCCGUGCCACCGGGCAGUGGGAUAUCCCGAGGGCCCGGCCCCCGCGGCGCAUGGACAGCACGAGCUCUCCUGGAACGGCAGAACCGGGAAGCAGAGCAGCCUUGGAGAGAGCCUGGACGAUCCCUCGGUGUCCCGGGAGGCAGCGAGGCCUCGGGGAAGGGAUGGUCCUGCCCCGGCUCCCGGGAAGAGGACGGGGAGAGGCUGCUGCUCCCCAGGGACGGAGCCCAGGAUCACUCGAUAUCAAGGGAUUGGAUGAACACUAAAUGCUCUUCCUGGAGGCGCCAGAACCUGGAAUUCCUGCUGGUUCCUGCCGGAUUCUUCAAGGGGGAACGAGCCAAUCUUGCUGUGCACGGAAAGCCCCGUGUGGAAACGCGGCUGAAAUCCCACAGAAACGGGAGAACAGAAACUACCUGAGUAUCCAAGAGAUCCGCCUGAACCUUCCUGAGCUCCUCACAGCUGCUUUGGGGUGGGCUGCGAUUCCCCAGGGAUUCCCCCUGGGGCUUUUGGGGGGUCUCAUCCACCCCCUGAGCCCGGGGGCCGGGAUGAGCUCCGGGAGGGAGCGGGAGGGAGAAGGACGUCAGCAAUAACCGUAGUCACUGCGCCUUUCCUUAAUUAUUCCUACAACUAGCAUCGAAUAGCCAAAAAACCUCCCCAAAAUCCACGGGAUUUCUGGUGUGGCCACAUGGCUCUGCCUCCUCCACGUCCAGCACCGAAAUCCCCUUUUCCAGCACUGGAAAAUCUCCUUCUCCCGGCCGUGUCCCGGUGCCAGGACACAUCCCGCCCGCGGGCAGGGCUCGGCGGUGUUCCUGUGGGAAGCGCCUUCAUCCCGAGGAGGGGGAGGAUGAAACCGCGUGUUUCCAACCCGUCCCCCUCCCCAAAAAACAAAAAAAAAAACCACGUGCGCUGGAAAGAAAACGUUUUAUAAAUUGUAUUUUAAAUAAAUGUCUUUAAACUUU